UAUACAUACAUAAAGAUCAGAUACGAAACGGAGAUAGCUUUUUUGGGAAAGGGAGUAGGGGAUUGAGGAGUCGGAGGGUGAGCUAUUAUUGGGCUUAGAUUACCUUGGCAUAUAACUCGAACUAGUUCUCGCCUUUGCAUUUGGGUUUGGGGAACAAUGCAAUGGGGAACGAUCCGUCAAGUGCUGAUGUGGAUCAUGUGGACAAAAACUCUUUUUUUUGGUUCGUGUUCUGGUUGUUCUUGUUUUUUUGGGGGUGCGGGCCUGCUUUGUGGGCAAAUUCGGCACCAAACGCGUUGGUCUUUGCGCUGCGGGUAUCUUCACCGUUUGUUUAUUGUAUAUACCGGGGCUUGGGCCUACUGCUCUACUCUUUUUAUCACACGCAGAAACUUAGAUGAUAUAUAAUGACGCUGGUCACGAUGGAUGGACUUUUUGGAUACGAGGGAAGGGGAAAUUAAUAAUACGUAAUC